AUGUCAAUGGUCGGAGGCUCUUUAUCUUCUCCGGGGAGAUUCAACACAUUCUCGAUUUACACAUCCUGGGGCUACCACAGUGCCUCCCCCGACGCUAUCGACUUCACACAUGGCGGCCACAACUUCACGUCUAUCCUGACACUGGCCAAGGACUUGGGCUUGUAUGUCAUUGUCCGGCCUGGUCCCUACGUGAAUGCUGAGACCAACGCUGGUGGGUUCCCCUUGUGGUUAACGACGGGCGAGUAUGGCGAGUUGCGCAACAACGACGAGCGAUACACCAAGGCGUGGGAGCCGUACAUGCGUGAAAUAUCUGCCAUUAUUGAACCACAUCUCAUCACCAACGGCGGCAACGUCAUCAUGUUCCAGAUCGAGAACGAGCUCGCCGGUCAAUGGAAGGAUAUUGACAACCGUAUCGUCGACCCAACCAUUGCCGACUACAUGCAGCUCUUGGAAGACAGCGCCAGAAACAACGGCAUAGACGUCCCGUUGUCCCACAACAACCCCAACAUGAACAGUUAUUCGUGGUCGGAAGACUUCUCCAACGCGACGGGAAACGUCGACGUCGUCGGGCUCGACAGCUACCCAUCUUGCUGGAGUUGUAAUAUAUCUGAGUGUCUAGCCGCCAACGGCGAGUACGUCUCCUAUAAGACAGUCGAGUACUUUGACUAUUUCCUCGAGCAAUCGCCCACACAGCCCAACUUUAUGCCCGAGUUUCAAGGCGGCUCGUACAAUCCCUGGGGUGGGCCCGAAGGCGGUUGUCCGACUGACAUUGGUCCGGAGUUUGCCAACAUGUUUUACCGCAACCUCAUAUAUCAACGCGUCACGGCUAUCUCGCUGUAUAUGCUAUUUGGCGGCACUAACUGGGGCCACUCAGCCUGCCCUGUCGUCGCCACGAGCUAUGACUAUUCAUCCCCUGUUUCUGAGGACCGUUCUCUCCAGGACAAGUUCUACGAAACCAAGCUUCUCACCUUGUUCACCCGAUCCGCUCGCGAUCUCGUGCACACCGAGAGAGUUGGCAACGGCACGACCUACACUGACAACAAUGCCAUCACCACAGCGGAGCUGAGAACCCCAGACGCCGAUGCGGCCUUUUACGUGGUUAUGCACACAAAAUCCGAGUCGAGCUCACUCGAGCGCUUCAGACUCGACAUCCGCACUUCAGAAGGAAAUCUCACAGUCCCCCAAUUUGGUGGCAACUCCUCCAUCACCAUCAACGGCCACCAGGCCAAGAUUCUGGUCGCGGAUUUCACCUUUGGGUCCAAAAGGCUCGUUUACUCUACGGCCGAGGUUCUCACCUACGCUGUCAUUGAUGGCAAAGAGGUGCUUGCGCUGUGGCUUCCCGAGGAUGAAUCUGGCGAGUUUAGGGUCAAGGGUGUCCAGAACGUCUCUGCAUCUGACGCCGUGAUCUUUUACGAUAACAGGGAUAAUGGGGUCACCGUGUCGUAUGUUCAGGGUUCUGGCAUGGAGAUUAUAGAGCUUGGUGAUGGGGCUCGCAUUCUGCUCCUCAGCCGCCAGUCUGCGUACCUCUUCUGGGCUCCAGGCUUGGAUAAUAAUCCAAUGAAUCCGGAGAACAGCACUGUGCUUGUCCAAGGAGCCUACCUUGUGCGCUCUGCUGGCUAUGACGAGAAGAAGAAAGUCCUCCACCUGACCGGGGACGAGAAAAAAUCACAGUCAGUCACCGUCUUUGGACCGAGAAAACUACAUUCAAUUACCUGGAAUGGCGAAAGAGCGACGGUAAAGAAUCACGACAAGAGUGGCAUCUACACUGUUGUUACGCAGGGGCCGUCGAAAUUUGAGCUUCCCACCCUCGGUCCAUGGAAGUGGGCAUCUAGCCUGCCGGAGAUUGAAGAGGACUACGAGCCAAGCGGAAAGGCCUGGGUUGUUGCCAACAAGACGGAGACGCCCAACCCUCUCAAGCCCGCGGGCAAUAACCCGAUCCUUUACGUCGACGACUACAAGAUCCACUACGGUAACCACAUCUACCGAGCGACGUUCCCCUCUACGGACGAGCCCCCAACGGACGUAUACCUAGGUGUUAUUGGCGGGUUUGCCUUUGGCUUCUCCGUCUGGCUCAACGCUGCCUACGUGGGUUCGUACUACGGACUGUCAUACGAGAGCACGCAUAACGGCACGUACUCGUUCGCCAAUUCCACACUCAAGUCCAAGGGCGAGGAAAACACGCUCGUCGUGCUCAUGGACCAGUCCGGGCACGAGCUGCGCGAAGCAGCCAUCACGCCGCGAGGCGUCCACAACGCGACGCUCAUCGGUCCCGGGGGCAGCUACAGCUUCACGGAGUGGAAGGUUGCCGGCACCGCAGGCAGAGAGGAUAACAUCGAUCCCCUGCGCGGACCCAUGAACGAGGGCGGCCUGUACGCCGAGCGUGUGGGCGCCCACCUCCCUGGGUUCUCCGACUCCAACUGGACAGCCACCAAGUCCGGCAACAGCAGCAGGUCGACCCUGUCAGUGCCCGGUGCAGGUGUGCGCGUGUUCCGCACGGUCGUCCCCCUGAAUGUUCCCAUCGGGCUGGACGUGUCCAUCUCAUUCCGUCUGAGAUCCCCGGACAGCGACGCCAACCGUCUGCGCGCGCUGCUCUUCGUGAACGGUUACCAGUACGGCCGGUUCAGCCCAUAUAUCGGCAACCAGGUCGAUUUUCCGGUGCCGCCGGGCGUGCUCGACUACCGUGGCGACAAUACCGUUGCCAUCACGGUGUGGAGUCAGGCGGCCGAGGGCGUCGAGGUGGAUGUGGACUGGGUGGUGAAUUAUGUGCAUUCUACGAGUUACGACAUGGGUUUUGAGGCUGGAUAUCUCCGACCAAAGUGGGAUGAGAGUCGACUUGAAUGGGCAUAG